AUGAGAGAUGCCUCGUGCCCUCAUACCCCUCCGUUGCUGGCCGCCAUCAACGCCGAGUCCCAGGUGCAUCUGAUCAUCGGCGCGAACCAGCUCGCCGCGGCGCGUUGCACCAAGAGUCUCGAAGUUGGCGCAAAGCCCAUCAUUAUUGCACCUGAGACCGCGGACGUGCCGUAUGCUCUCGCGGAGCGCAUCGACGACGGCUCGGCGCAGUGGAUCCGGCGGGAGUUUCGCGAUGAGGAUCUGACUACGCUCGGCCGCGAGGAAGUCGACCAUGUGGUGGAUAUGGUCUUUGUUACGCUGGGGGGUGCUCACCCGCUGAGCCCCAUUAUCUCACAGCUCUGUCGCCGACUGCGAAUCCCGGUCAAUGUGACCGACGCCCCAGAGCUGUGCACACUCAGUCUCCUAUCGACGUACUCUGACGGCCCGCUGCACAUCGGCAUCACCACCUCCGGCCGCGGGUGUAAGCUGGCGUCGCGACUGCGGCGCGAGAUCUCGUCGACGCUGCCGCCGAACCUGGGCAGCGCCAUCGACCGGCUCGGCGCCGUGCGCAGGCGCCUCUGGGCGGAGGACAACGCGGCUGGGCUGUGUGAUACGACGCACGGCACGCUAUUCGACGGCGACGAGGACGACGCCACGGGACAGAAACACACCUUCAAUACGCUCGUCACUGAGGACGACGUCUCGGCCGCCAAGACCCGGCGCAUGCGCUGGCUGUCGCAGAUCUGCGAGUACUGGCCGCUGCGCAAACUGGCCAGCAUCUCCGACGACGACAUCGAGCGCAUCCUGGCGGCGUACUCGUCCGGCAAAGACGGUCCGAACGGCGUCGCGGGGGUCGACCCGCCGACGCGGUCGACCGGCCGCAUUGUGCUGGCCGGAUCGGGGCCGGGCCACCCAGACCUGCUCACCCGGGCGACGUACAACGCCAUCCAGAACGCGGACCUCAUCCUGGCGGACAAGUUGGUCCCGGCGCCGGUGCUGGAGCUGAUCCCGCGCCGCACGGAGGUGCACAUCGCGCGCAAGUUCCCCGGCAACGCGGACCAGGCGCAGGAGGAGUUCCUGCAGAUGGGGAUUGAGGCGCUGCGGCGCGGGCGCCAUGUGCUGCGGCUGAAGCAGGGCGAUCCGUAUCUGUACGGGCGCGGCGGGGAGGAGUUUGAGUUCUUCCGCGGCGAGGGGUACACGCCGGUUGUGCUGCCGGGGAUCACGAGCGCGCUGAGUGCGCCGCUGUUUGCGGAGAUCCCGGCCACGCACCGCGGCGUGUCGGACCAGGUGUUGGUGUGUACGGGGACGGGGCGCAAGGGCGCCGCGCCCGAGCCGCCGACGUAUGUGGCCACGCAGACGGUGGUGUUCCUCAUGGCGCUGCAUCGGCUGUCAGCGCUGGUGGACUCACUGGUUUCGCCGCCGAGUGAGGGCGCCCGCCCGCGCACCCCGUGGCCGAAGGAGACGCCGUGUGCGAUUGUCGAGCGCGCGUCUUGCACCGACCAGCGGGUGAUUCGCUCAACACUGGAGCAUGUUUGCCAGGCGUUUGAGGCGGAGGGAUCGCGGCCACCGGGGCUGUUGAUUGUGGGAGCCAGCUGUCAUGUGUUGCAUUCCUCGAAGGAGCAGAAAUGGGUUGUGGAAGAGGGGUUUCGGGGGCUGGAUGAGCUACGGGUGAUUGAUUAG